CUAAACCACCAUUUUCCAUUGGCUCUUCUCUCUCUCUGUACUAUUCAAGCAUUCACCUAAUCCAAUAAUACAGAAACAAAAAUAAAAUAAAAUAAAAGAUUCUUCAAAAUUUGAAUGCAAAUAUAUAGGUAAGAGGUAAUAAUUCAUAUAUAUCAUUUGUCACAUACGAAAAGAAAAAAGAAAAAAAUUCAACCAAUGGAAGAAUCUGCAUCAGAAAUCAAGACUCCUCUGUUAUCCAAUUUUGAUCAUGGCAUUGCAUCAAGCUCUAAUGUUAAAGUCAACAAGGAUGAUGAAGACGAAAAUUCUCCAAUCGAACAAGUUGCUCUUACUGUUCCAACAACUGAUGAUCCUUCAUUACCUGUUUUAACUUUUCGAAUGUGGUUUUUAGGGACACUUUCUUGUGUUUUGUUAUCAUUUCUGAACCAAUUUUUUUGGUACAGAACAGAGCCAUUGACAAUUACAGCAAUUUCAGCUCAAAUAGCUGUGGUUCCUUUGGGUCAACUUAUGGCUGCAAAGAUAACAAAAAGGGUAUUUUUGCAAGGAUCUAAAUGGGAAUUCACUUUGAAUCCAGGCCCUUUUAAUGUUAAAGAACAUGUCCUCAUCACCAUUUUUGCAAAUUCUGGUGCUGGAACUGUUUAUGCUAUUCAUGUUGUCACUGCUGUUAAAGUCUUUUAUAAGAAAGACAUUACCUUCUUUGUUUCUCUUAUUGUUAUCAUCACAACACAGGUGUUGGGAUUUGGAUGGGCUGGAAUUUUCAGAAAGUACUUGGUUGAGCCAGCAGCCAUGUGGUGGCCUUCCAAUCUUGUCCAAGUCUCAUUAUUCAGGGCUUUACACGAGAAAGAAGAACGUUCUAAAGGAGGGCUAACGCGUACUCAGUUCUUUAUAGUAGCCUUUAUCUGCAGUUUUGCAUACUACAUUUUCCCUGGAUAUCUCUUUUCAAUGUUGACAUCUUUGUCAUGGAUAUGUUGGAUCUUUCCAAAAUCGGUGUUUGCCCAACAACUCGGUUCGGGCCUAAAGGGGCUUGGAAUUGGAGCUAUAGGCCUUGAUUGGUCCUCUAUUUCGUCCUACCUUGGAAGCCCAUUAGCUAGCCCAUGGUUUGCUACAGCUAAUGUUGCUGCUGGAUUCAUAUUUGUUAUGUAUGUUUUGACUCCAAUAUGUUACUGGUUAGAUAUCUUCAAAGCCAAAACAUUCCCAAUUUUCUCUGACGAAAUGUUCACUUCCAAUGGCCAAGUUUACAACAUAUCAAGUAUAAUUGACUCUAAUUUCCAUCUUGACAUUGAUGCCUACGAGCGACAAGGACAUCUUUAUCUUAGUACAUUCUUCGCGGUUACUUAUGGAGUUGGCUUUGCUGCUCUCAGUGCUACUGUCAUGCAUGUUCUCUUAUUUCACGGAAGGGAGAUAUGGGAGCAGAGCAAAUCAAGCUUCAAAGAUCAGAAAAUGGACAUACACACUAGACUAAUGAGCAAGUAUAACCAAGUACCUGAGUGGUGGUUUUGGUGCAUUCUUGUCGCGAACAUUACACUCACUAUCUUUGCUUGUGAAUAUUACAAUGAACAACUUCAGUUACCUUGGUGGGGAGUUAUUCUAGCUUGUGUCAUUGCCUUUUUCUUUACCCUUCCUAUAGGAAUCAUCACCGCCAUUACCAACCAGACACCAGGGUUGAAUGUCAUCACGGAAUAUAUCAUAGGAUACCUUUAUCCAGGAUAUCCGGUCGCUAACAUGUGCUUCAAGGUCUAUGGUUACAUUAGUAUGACUCAAGCUAUAACUUUCCUCCAAGACUUCAAGCUUGGCCAUUACAUGAAAAUUCCUCCAAGAAUAAUGUUUAUGGCUCAGGUAGUAGGUACUCUAAUAGCAGGGUUUGUGUAUUUGGGAACAGCGUGGUGGUUAAUGGAAACGAUUCCAGACAUAUGCGACAAGACAUUGUCCAACACGGUGUGGACUUGUCCUUCGGAUCAUGUGUUCUAUGAUGCAUCAGUGAUUUGGGGUUUGAUUGCACCAAGAAGGAUUUUCGGAGACUUGGGAACUUAUGGGAUGGUGAAUUGGUUCUUCUUAUUUGGCGCGAUAGCACCGGUACUUGUGUGGUUAGCAGCCAGGGCAUUUCCUAAGCAAGAAUGGAUCAAACUGAUUAACAUGCCAGUGCUAAUAGGAGCAACAGGGAUGAUGCCACCAGCCACGGCUGUGAACUACACAACCUGGAUCAUCGUGGGGUUCUUGUCUGGCUUUGUUGUUUAUCGAUAUAGACCAGAUUGGUGGCAACGACAUAACUACGUUCUUUCGGGUGCACUUGAUGCUGGUUUGGCAUUUAUGGCAGUUCUUAUAUAUCUGUGUUUGGGCUUGGAGAACAUAACUAUUAACUGGUGGGGAAAUGAUCUUGAUGGAUGUCCUUAUGCUGCUUGUCCAACAGCUAGAGGCAUUGUUAUAGAGGGUUGCCCUGUUGUUUAUUGAAUUGUGAAUAACAACCACAAAUUUGCAUUUGUGUAAAUCCCAUUUUCUUUAAUACAGUACAUCAUUGGUUGUUGAGUCAACUUCA